GAAAGUGCCGCGCAGCCUCCAUGGCGGCAACGACAGCAAGGACCUCGCUUGUCGAGCAGAAACGUAUGCAGUGGGCCAAGGAGAAAGGUAAAGCCGACUUUAUGUGUGGUGGAUACGGUAAAGCUACUUUGAUUUAUCGCUCAGUCGUUUCGCGCUAUUUCUAUGCUCGAAAAGCAAGAAAAUCUCAAUGUUUCACUUUGAAAAAAAAAAAACAAAAAAAAACAUACGCACGCACUGCUUAUUAAUCCAAGCGGGGAUGCCGAGUUUUCGGCAUACGACAUCACGCAAGGUACAUUUUCUGAGGAAUCAAUUAUCUGCGGCCGGCUUGCGGCAAGCAGCACAAUUAAAAUCGCUAACGUUGGCGAACUUAUUUCUGUUUGUCUCGACAGAAGAGAUGGCAAGGCUCGUGGGCAACCUCGUCCCUCUCAAAACCAGUAGCACCAUCCGCACGGCAAUCGGGAGGAGCUCCCUGGCCGAGAUGAACGGCAACAAGCAUUGCCACCCACGUUACGCGAGUACGUUGAGUUUGCGAAGCCUGGCGUCGGACAUCAGUGGGGCUUGCACCACCAGUCUGCGUAAUCUCGAUUACACGAGUGCCAGCUUGAUUAGCCUGCAGGAUCAGAUGGAAUUGGAGCAUAUGUCUCGGCGUCGAAGCCCCAGUUUACCGCCGAUUUAUGGCAAGGAUGAUUAUCGAUACCAGGAUUGCGAUUCCAACGGUCAGCAGCAUCAGUCGAGGUCGAACUACAGGUGUUCGCAUCGGCGAUCCGGCACAGUCAAGGAUAAGACGCAGCAGCAGCAGCAGCAGCAGCCGCAGAGGCAACGCGCGAAUGACGAGCGCGAGGGCGAAACUUCCGGCUAUGCCAGUGACAACGUUGAGCCGACGUCGCAGCAGCAAGUUCUCCUGUUACCUUGUCACGUGAAUUGCAACAACCCAGACUCGAUGAUGGGCGAAAGAACCUGGCAAAAUGCGUACUACAUAGACGGGAAUUCAUUGCCCUCGUCGAGAAAGCUGGCAAGCUUGCGAGCUGGAGAGUUCAACAGACAGAGAUGGGGUAGUGUUUGGGGACAGGAGACGUCGAGAGAUCCGCCACCUCCUUCUUGGCUUGAACGAGGAUUGUCGAGAUUGGAUCAUACUUCUCAGGUACUAGUGAUUAAUCACGACAGUACGAGCCCAGACAGUUCAACGACGGGUUCCCUUGGCUCCGACACAAAUAAAAAGUAUUUGAGAGGUCACAGUCGUCCCGUCGACGCUGAAAUUAUUCAGGAGCGUGAAAUCAAAAGACAAAAAGCCUUGGAGAUGCAAUCGGCGAUCAAACAGCAACUCGAGGAGCGAGAGAAAAAAAGAAGGGAGGAAAAAGAAAAGAAAUUACGCGACGAACGCGCCGAGGAGGAAAGAAUUCAGCGCGAGAUGGGCCUUGAAAAGCAAAGGCUAGAAGAGGAGCAGCGUCGCCAGCGCGAGAAAGAGGCCGCGAAGGCACGCAAAAGCAAGGCGAUGCAGGAGAUACUCGAAGCAGCAGAACGCAAAGCGAAAGAGGAGAAGACGUCGCGACGCAGGCAGCAUGACGACGGCACAAACGGCAACAAUGGCAACGAGGAGGCCGAGUCGUCGGAAGCGAAACGCGACAACUCGCUGAGAGCUGUUAUCGAUAAAGAUACCAAACAGGCUAUCAAUCAGCACGAGACCAUAGAUACAUGUGGAAGCCCGAGGGAAGCCCUGCGUCUACCGAUCAGCCAGGAAGUGGCGAUAGUGCUGAGCGGUCGAAUCGAGAACCCAGAAUUACUUGGCAAGUCACCGUUGAAGCUAGUCAACCUCGUUGUCAGCCCGUCGUCGGGAAGCGGUUUGGAAAGCGCCGAUUCGAGAAGAAGCGACAGUGCAAGUGUCGCUUUGAGUGCUUUAUUGAAUGGUUUCAAUGGAAGUCCUGUGAUUCUUUCUACGGGCUCGCGCAACUCACCGAGACUACUCACCCCGAGCAAGUAUAGGCUGCCAAGUGGUCGUGAAUGCGCUACGCAGACUGAUUGCGAGGGCGAGACUGAGUCUCAGGGCUUUGAUGAGAAAGUAUAUGAAACCAAGAUCAAGGAUUUGAAAGGUCGUAAAGAGAUAGUUAAUAAUAAUAAAAGGGAGGUAGAAAAAUCGACGACGAGCACGGGACCGGUCGAGGAGUCGUCGACGAAAUCCUCGAAGCGUGGCAACAGGCGCCAAGCACGGACCAGCAUCGAAUCGCGGCCCCGUUGGAAUGCAAAUCGUCCAGGCACUCGCUAUCGGACCCAGAGCGAGAAGGAUCCGCACUACCAGAGGAGGCUGCGGUUGAGGCGACAAGGCGUGGAGACUAGCGACGAAGGAUCCAGCGAUUUCCGGCACUCUCCAGAGCCAAGUCGUCGCAAUAAGCACGGCGUCGCCAAGGCAAAGCCGCGCAAUUCGGCAAGACGCAAAGCCAAUAAGCAACACGACAACUACGAUGCUGAUUUGUCAAUGGAUAGCCUUAACUCGCUGGUACCGGUACACACGGAUAAAAAUGGUCGUGUGAGCAUCGAGAGGCGUGACAAUGUCAAGGACGUCUGGUGUGGAAAUGACAUUUUGUCUCACCUCUCAUCGUUGAGGAAUGGUCUCAUAAUGAAGAAAAGAGAAUGGGAUCUUCAAGAAUGUCCCAUCUCGCCCAUCACCGAAAUUUAUUGACAGCGCGCAGGCCAACGUCACUGCCACCGGAGAAUCCGCUCUCCGGACUAAAGAGAACA